CAGCAAUUGGAAAGUACUACUGAACCGCAACCGGAUUGCGAUGAUUGCAUGAAAGGAUUCGAGGAUCGUCUAUGGGACAGAUUGCCAUUAAAAUAUCUACCAUGUCACAAACGGAUAUAUAGUUACCCGAAGAGCGACAGGUUCCAACUAAAUCCGCCAAUACCAGCUGAAAAACAAGGAGAUCUCAGCAACUUAGCAAAAUGUGUAAUGGUUGCUCAGACUUCAGAAGAAAAGUUGAUUUUACCCACACAACAGGAAUAUGCUCGUGAAUUCUUAACAAAGGUGGCAAACGUGAUACCCCAUAAAGUCGCAAGAGAAGCGACAGUUGAUGAAUUUGGAUUGUUUGAUGACGAUGCUGAUAGGUUAAUAGAUAAGCUAAGAGGACCCAAAAGGAAAGGUGGCGCCGUAAAUUUAGAAGCGAAAGACAAUUGGUUGAAAGAAUACAAGAGAUUGAUGAGUGUGAAACUUGUUGAUUACUUAGCAACAGUGAUGUCCGCCAGGAGAAGUAAAAGGACUCGGUACAUCGCUGAAACAUUACUUAACCACUUGUGUGAUAUAAGCGGCGAAUAUUGCAGCUUGAAUAACCCGCGAAAUAGAGUGCAACGAAUUCAAGUGUAUAUCGCCGACAGGGUCGCUAUUUGGUUAGCAGAUAUAAUGGCAAAGAUUGAUAAAGAAAUUUGCAAAGAAUACGCCGAUAAAGCUCAAAAGGAUAUGGAAAGAGAACAAAAGAAAAAUGAUGAAAGUAAAAAAGAAAGUAUGAAAGCCGAGAAACAAAAAAAAAAAGCGAAGAAAAACAAAAAGGACGCGGAGGACAAGAAAAAGAAAGAGGAAGAUAAGAAAAAGAAACAGGAGGAAGAGGAUAAAAAAAAGAAAGAAGAAUCCGAUAAAAAGAAGAAAGAAGCCGAUAAAAAGAAGAAAGAAGCCGAUAAAAAGAAGAAGGAAGCCGAAAAAAAGAAAAAAGAAGAAGAUAAUAAAAAGAAAGAUGAUGAGGAAAAAAAAAAGAAAGAUGAAGCUGAUAAGAAAAAAGAAGUCGAUAAAAAGAAAGAAGCUGCUAAGAAAAAAGAAACCGGUAAGAAUAAAAAAUCCGAGAAAAAUAAGGAAGAUGAUGAGGAAGAAAAAGAGGGAGAUGAAGCUGAUAAGAAUAAAGAAGCCGAUAAGAAAAAAGAAACCGAUAAGAAGAAGAAAGAAUCAGAGGAUAAGAAAAAAGAAAGCAGUAAGAAAAGAGAAAGCGAUAAGAAAAAACAAGAUGAGAAGAAAAAAGAAGGCAAAGGAAAAAAAGGAGCCGAAAAGAAAAAAGAUUCCGUUAAGAAAAAGGAAUCCGAUAAGAAAAAAGGUACCGAAAAGAAAAAAGAAUCCCUUAAGAAAAAAGAAUCCCUUAAGAAAAAAGAGACUGAUCAGAAAAACAAAGAUAAAACAACUGAAGAAGAGAGUGAGAAGAAAAAAGAAGAAGAUGGGAAGAAGGAAGUUGAAGAAGAUAAAACAACAACUGAAGUAGAUGAUAAGAAAAAAGAAGGUGAAACAACUAAACAGGAAGAUGAGAAGGAAGAUAAACCAACUGAAGAGCAGAUUCAGAAGAAAGAAGAUGAAGAAGGUAAAACUACUGAAGGAGAGGAUCAGAAAAAAGAAGGUAAGGAAAGUGAAACAGCUAAACAGGAAGAUAAGAAGGAAGAUGAGGAAGAUAAACCAGCUGAAGAGGAGGUCAAGAAAAAAGAAGGUGAAGAAGGUAAAGCUACUGAAGGCGAGGAAGGUAAAGAACAAGUAGAUGAAGGUAAGGAAGGUAAGGAGAUAGAUGAGGCAGAGAAGUCGAAAGAAGACGAUCAUGGAGAAGGAGCUGGUGAUGUAACUCAUGAUCCGUUGGAUGCUAUUGAAAAUUUGAUUCCAGAAAAAAAGUCACUUGAAGAAUCAAGACCACGAGAGGGAUCUAUAUUUCAUGCUGUUAAGGAACAAAUAAAACAAGAAUUAGGGGAUCAGGUAAAUUCUCAAGAUGAGUUAGCUAUAGAAGAUAUUAGUGGCAAAAUUUCAGGUUGGGUCAAUGAUGAAUUAGAAAAAGGUAAGAAAGAAUUAAAGAAAAAGCCACCGGAGUCUAAGGUCACGUAUUAUAUCACAAGACCUAAAGGUGAGUGUUAUUACAACGUCAGAAAAAUUGAUGGCAGAGAAGCGUGUGCCGUCUCAAAGUCAGCGCGGUUGGAAAGAGUAGCCAUAAUUUCUGAAUCCAUUUGUAAUAGGCCUACCAACCUUGGGCCUGUACAAGGUGCGAAGGAGAUGAAGGAGUGGGCUAAAUGGGCAGUGAAUGUUAUCGACCUCGCCGAGAAGUGGGCGUCGUGGAUAGACAAGACUUGCGACGAAGCCGAAACCAAAGCUACAGUUAGCAAGUCAGGAAACGAGUGGGAAAACUUCAAAAGGAUCACUGAAUCCCGAGCCUAUGAAUUACGAAGAAAUAAAAGGUAUGUCAAACAGUCCGCUGAUGCAUGGAAAAAGAAAUAUGGAACGAGAAGUCGAUAG